AUGAUUGUAUUAUCGGUGCGGUCAAUGCCACACUACUUGCCGUACUUGUCUGCUAAGGAAAACGCCAUGCUGGAAUAUGAGCGGUUGCUGAUGUUAAAAUUAGACGACACGAUGAAUGAUAGUCCCAAGACUCAUGCUUGUCCAAUGUGCGGCCGAUGCUACAAAAUACGAUCGACUCUCAAUCGUCACAUUCGUUACGAGUGUGGAAUGGCGAGGAAAAAAUUAGCAUGCGAAAUAUGUGGGAAAAAAUUUUCACGUCCGGAUAAUUUAAAACAACACGAGCAAACUCACGUGACUAUAUAUUUUAGUGGAGAAACCGGAGCUGCCUCGGAUUCUGCGAACAAUUCGACGAGUGUCUGUAGUGAUGUCAAAGAAAGUAAAAACUCUGUCGGAGGAGGAGGAGGUGGAGAGGGAGGAGGGGCGGACAAAGGAAUCGCGCCGCCAUCUUCUCAGCAAAUUUAUUUGAUUGAUGACUCAAAGCCGUCACUACAAAGUUUACAAAUACAAGGUCAACCCGUUAAAAUUCAAUUGCAAAAUCAACCCGUUAAAAUACAAUUACAGAAUCAAUCUCUGGUGCAAAAGAUACAGUUGCAGAAUCCAUCAAAUAAUUAG